UAGUCCGUUAGUCGAAUGCUUCGUUCCCUCGGUCCAAAGCUUCUCCCACUCUUCUCUCUUCCGUUCGUUCCUCUCGAUUCCUCUUGCGAUCGAUGGAGACUAUAGUGAUUCCUCUUUCGGUCGAUUGACACUAUAACCUAUUCAUCGAUCGGAUUGGACUUCGUGAUCUCCGUUACAAGAAGGAGAAACUUUCUUGAUCUGGCGUCGCGUUCUCUGGUUCUUCGAUCCAAAAAGCUUCGGAGAUACUUAUGAACAGGGGAAGAUCUCGCCGUUACUUGAUAUGGUCUCGAGUGCUCCGGUUCUUCGCACCAAAGUUUCGGUGAGACCUUCUUCCGUUUGUUCCUUCGGAUUCCUCUAUCGAUCUAUUGAAAUUAUAAGCUGUUGACCGAUCGAAUUGGACGUCGUGAUCUCCGUUACAAGAAGGAGAAACUUAUGAAAAGGUUGACAUCUCACCGUUUCUUGAUCUGAUGUCGAGUGCUCCCACGCUUCGCUCCAAAGAUUCGACGUCGUGAUUUCCAUUACAAGAAGCAGAAACUUAUGAAUAGGGUGAGACCUCGCCGUUUCUUGAUAUGGUCUCGAGUUUUCGGUGAGACCCUCCUCCCUCUCUUCCGUUCGUUCUUUUGGAUUCCUCUCGCGAUCGAUCGAAACUAUAGAUCUGUUGAUCGAUCGGAUUGGAGUUCGUGAUCUCCAUUACAAGGAGGAGAAACUUAUGAAUGAGGGGAGAUUUCACCGUUUCUUGAUCUGGUGCUGAGUGCUCCGACUCUUCGCUCCAAAGUUUCGACCUUCCUUUGCCUGUCGUCCCAAGCGACUCUGCAAGUUUGAGACGAGGAACUGAACCGGUUUUAUCGGUGGCUUGGAGUCGGUGGUACCGCACCUUUUAUUGGUUUCCAACAACGAACUGACGCCACUUACCGCUCGGCCCUACCACCUCGCCUGUGCCUCCCUCUCCCCGACCCCCAAAUCCUCAUGGCGUACCAAAACCCCCAUGCUUCCGCCGAGCCCGGAAAGAAAGCCCUAGAGACACCUCCCCCUCCUGCAGCGGCCGCCGACAAGCCCGCUCCUCCGGCGGCAUGCCUUGAAAACCCUAUUCCCUCGCCCGACGCGAGCUCUGCCCUAUUGGAUCCCGCAAUCCAUGGGAACGCUGCGGCCGUGGGAUCCAACUCGGUCUUGACGAGUGCCAUGCAGAACGGCCCCGUCACUGAUCUGCAGAAGAAGCUUCGGCGAGCCGAGCGAUUCGGGACGGCGGUGAUGCUUUCUGAAGGGGAGAAACGAAAUUCACGAGCAGAGAGGUUUGGAACUGGGUCAACAUUAAGUGGACCAAAGAAUGUUGGACUUCUAGAGGAGCAAAAAAGAAAAGCCCGGGCAGAGAGGUUUGGGCUUAAGAAUGGCACUGUAGCUGAUGAGGCCGCAAAGAAGAAGGCACGGUUAGAAAGAUUUGCAACAAACUCCAAGAUGGAUGAUAGUUCAGAAGAUGAGAAAAGGAAGGCAAGAGCAAUCAGGUUUUCACAAGGCUCACCUAAUGUUAUCGGGCAAGUGAACUCUGACCUGGAACUCCAAAUCUUUUUCAUUUAGGAUCUCCAAAAUUCUCUCUCCCCGUCUCCCUGAGCUUUGGCGGUUCUCGUAUGAGCUUGCAGCAUUCAACGGUGCGGGACGAAUCCAACACAUGAUAAGAAAAUUAACAAAUUUUAGUGUCAAUUAAAAUUUCUGGUGAACUCAGAGAAAAAAAGCUACAUGGCAUCUAUCAUUCUUUUGGCAAUUUAGUAAAAUCAAAGCAACAGUUUCACUUCA